AUGAAAUGCGUUCCCCGUGCGAAUAACUGGGCCGGCGUUGAAGAUCCCCAAAUCAGAAACGUACCAUGCGCAAGAAGCGUAGAUGUUUGUAAAGACGCAGAAGAAACCUUGAGCAAAUUUUGGGAUACCAUAGACAACAUAAAGCAUGGAGAUGUUAUCCUAAUAAAUAUAAAAAAUUAUUACUGUCCAGCAUGCAAUCGGUAUAUUGAUGUGUGGAACAAACUGGAGGAAGAAAUAUCAAAUUAUGAGAAUAAUGUCAGUCUUUUUGUGUUUGAUUGCUCAUGUCACUUGUUUGUUCCGUACUGCAGAUUUUUUAAGGUCCGUUAUUUCCCCACCUUUCGGCUGCUGUACCCAGUGUAUGAUUACAUGGAGAGUAAGGACUCCGAUUAUAUGUACAUAGCUCCGAAGACAGAAAUGGUGAAUCGACAGUACAACAAAGAGUUGCUACUGGCCUACAGGGAAGUUGACCGAGUAAACAACCUUGCACAGUUCCAAAGAAUGAUGCAGACCCAUUUGUGCAAAAACGUUAAUUUUAAUCACAUCGAUUUGAAGUCCUGCUACGCUGAUGUACCACCAAUAGAAGACACUUCGGACUAUGCCAUGUUUAUAGCCGCCACGAAUGGUGCCAUAGGGGGAAUCACAACAAAAAAAGGUGCUAAUGCAAAUCGAAUGGCUGUCGAGAGAUGGAAGGGAAUGACCUUUACGAAGGAUGACUUAAAGCAUGACAUUGUAAGGGGUAUGCUCUUCACUUUGAAGAAAAAUAUUUCCUUAGGGUUAGAUGUGGACAUGUCCACAGUAGAACCUUUUCUCGUUAUGACACAGAUCGUUUCGGAUAUGUAUCCUGAACUGGCUAAAUGGAUGGGCAACCUUCGUGAGAAGCUAACCUCGCAGGAGUACCCACUCAGGUAUGAGCAAUGGUCUAAGAUGGUGGACGAACUUUCAGGGAUGGGGGCCACCCCUAACCUGAGCAAUGAUACCGGUGUGCAGAACCCUCUGGGGGUCACCCCUUGGAGCGAACCCAAAUUUAAAGUGUGCGAAGAGAAUUCUGUCCUCUGCUCCUACUGGCUUCUUUUCCACAAAAUAUCGGUGUACUGUCUCAUGAGAGACAAGGAAAGGUAUCAAUUCUACAUCAACGCAUUAACAAACUACACAAAAAGGUAUCUAAAUUGCGAAAGCUGUAUACAGCACUUUAUCACAGCACAAGAGUCAUGCUACUAUGGAUUUUGUAAUAUCCACUCAGCUGAAUCGCUAGUAAUAUAUCUAUGGAGAAUACACAACGCAGUUACUUUGCGAUCUAUGUAUGAAUCGAUAAUUCAAGAGAUGCAAGUGCCGGGAGGGCAACUAGAACUCACAGAUGGUAAGACAGAAAGGAAGACCAAAUUUCUGAACAGAGAUCUGGCCUUCCCUCCGGAGAAGCAGUGCAAAUUCUGUAGAAGUGGAAUUGGUUUUACAAGAAUUACUCCCCCAUUUAUUGCGGAUUCGGUGAAACAGAAAUCGAUUAGUGACAGAGAUUUUGAUUCCAUCGAUGGGUUCAGCGUCAAGCAGGUUUUGAACCACCUCGUUAAGGUGUACUCUUAG